GAGCAAAGGCACCGAUCGCUCAACGGCAAAAACGAUCCACAAAUUCGCAGCAGCAGAGGAAGGACGCCAUGAACGGAGGCGACACCACCGACGACGAAGAAACCCUCGGCCUCUUGCCUGACACCUGCAAGGUGGUGGAGUAUCUGGAGCCGGUGAUGUCGCGGGACCUCCUCCACAAGUUCCCGGACAGCUCGUCCACGGGCUUCGACUACUCGCAGAGCUCGAUCUGGUCCCCACUCCUCCCCCGCUCCCACUUCCCGGUCGACUCCGGCUGCUUCGCCACCCCGAGGAAGCUCUGCUUCGGGGGGUUCGGUGGAGAGAAGACGGCGGCGGCGGCGAGGAAGAAGAAGAAGGUUAAUCUCUCGAUGAGCAGCAAGAAGAAGAUGAUGAGGACGAAGAAGAAGUCGGCAAAGGUCUCUGGUUCGUCGCCGACUCCGAUGAACGUCGCCUGUGCGCCCUUCGCCAAAAGGGGUUGGGAUAAGGUGCUGAAGGCAGCAUCCAAGCAUUUCAAGAAGAAGAAGAGAGAUCCCACGGCCCAUGUGAAGCUCUCCAAUUACUUGAAAGGCUGAGAUUCUUUCAUUUUCUUUUGCUAGAUUGCUACUAUUGAUUCGUAUAUUCUGUUCGGCUUUGAGCGACCGCAAAAUUUGAUGAUUCUGAAACUCAUGUUGGAAUGGAAAUCUGUAACAUUCCGAAAGUUCCCAGGACGACAAUUCUUGUAGCACCACACCAUUCUCCAAUUUAUGUAGAUCUCUGUUCUUACGCGCGCAA